CGCGUCGCACUACGCAGCAGGAUUAUGUGAAGUCAGCGCCGCUUACAGUAAACAAGAGACCGAGCUGUGUUUCAUGUCUGACUUGGUUCUGGUAGUGGCUGUUUAGAAAACGAGACUUAGCUCAGUGAAGCCAGAAAUGACUGCGCCGCACGGUCGAAGAGAGCAGGCGGGCUGCGAGCACGGGCGGGUCCAGUGACGUUUGCGAACACGAGCAAGUUCUAGACGCUCUAUUUUCUCCCUGGCCCAAUGGUGACGUCAUACGAGUCGUUUUCAGACCUGUGGCCGGGCCAGCGGCCCUGACAGUCGGAAACCAGACGGAGGCGAGGAGUGCUUCAUAUACGUUUUGACAGCGGUCGUGGCGAAGACUAACGACCGGGCUGUUGGUCACGAAGCGGCGGACACACGACUGCUGAUCCCCGCGGAGAGUUUAGGGUCGGAAGGUUAAUAAGGUCACCAUGGUGGACUACUACAACAUCCUGGGUGUGUCCAGAACAGCCACGCAGGAUGAAAUCAAGAAGGCAUACAGAAAGCUGGCCCUAAAAUGGCAUCCAGACAAAAACCCAGACAACAAGGAGGAAGCAGAGAGGAAAUUCAAGGAAGUCGCGGAAGCCUACGAAGUUCUGUCAGACAGCAGUAAACGGAACGCGUAUGACCGAUACGGGAGCGACAGAAUGAGACAAGCAGAAAGCUCCAGCUCAGACUUCCCUUCAGACUUCCCAGGAUUCAACUUCACAUUCCGCAGGCCAGAAGACGUGUUCAGGGACUUUUUUGGUGACCAGGAUCCAUUUGCAAAUUUCUUUGAUGAUUUGUCGUCCUUCGGUGGCCCAUCUUCUCGUCUCGGCCCGAGCCGCUUCUUCUCCUUCCCUUCAGCCGGACAUGACUUCACCUCUUUUUCCAGCCUGGGCGGGUUCCACGGGAUGGACGGGUUCGGCGGCGGAGGGUCCAACUUCAAAUCCGUAUCUACCUCCACUCGCAUUGUCAACGGCAAACGCACAACCACAAAGAAGAUUAAAGAGAACGGGCAAGAGCGGACGGAGAUUGAGGAGGACGGGAUCUUGAAGACAGUUCUGAUCAAUGGGGUGGAGGAUGAGAUGGCUCUGGCGUUAGAGCUGAGCAAACGAGAAGGGCCUCCCAGCCAGGAGAAGCCCAAACUAUUUGACGGAUUACCGGCGGGUUCAGAGCGAUCGCGGCCCAACCUCCACUCCGCAGGCACGCCUCGCUCCUUUAGCUCCGCCCCCUUUUACCACUACAGCGGCGCCAGCGACGACGAGGACGACGAAGACCUACAGAUGGCUUUGGCCUACAGCUUGUCCGUAAUGGACGCGGAACAGAGGGCGGCCGCGACCGACGUCAUAUCAGACUCAGAUUUUGAGGCUUUCACAAGCUGAUUGGCUGUUGCUGCUUCUCAGUCCCGCCCCCUUCUGAGGUGACAGGUCAACAUGUGGCUGCUGCUGCUGCUUCAGUCUGAAGACACUUUCAGAUGUAUUUAAUGUUAAUGUAUGAGAUGAGUAAUAUAUCUGCUUCUGGAAUUAAAGACUGGCGUUACAGCAAAUGCUGCAGUUCCAUCUUGUGUGUCUGCAGGGCAUGAAACGGUAGGUGUUUAUGUUGGACACGCCCCCUCCCACACAGUCCAGACUGUGUCACUGUAUGUUUGUUUUUAUGUGUUCUGAGGACUUCGUUUGUAUGGGUGAAAACACAGGUGUAUUUUUCAAACCUAGUUUUAGUGUAGGUCUAAGCUUUGAUCUUGCAUUGUGCAUAGCUGAAUGCAGUUUCGGUGUGUGUGUUGUUAAGUGGAUGGGAUUUGUCUUAUGUGUUGUGUUUGUGUAUUUCCCUGUGUGUGUUCAGCUCGAUUCAUUCUGUACAACUACAUUUCUUAAGUUCAUUUAUUUCUAGUGUAGAUCUGGCUGGGCAUGUUUUCACGGAGGGUUUGGUGUGUGCGAACAUGUGUAGGACGUUGUGGGGAUGCUUUGCCAGUCCCCACAAGGUUAAGCCACAAUUUGAGGAUUAAAACUUCAAAAUAACCUCAACAUUAUAAUGCAUUUUAAGUUAGGUUCAGUGUCCUGGUUAAGGUUAGCCGUGUGUUUUGGAUGGUUAGGUUUCGGGUGAGAGGCUGGGGAAAGCAUGAAAGCCAAUGAAAUGUCCCCAAAAACACAAAAACAUGGAUGUGUGUGUUUUGACUUUGCUUUGUAUUCACUUUUAGGAUUGGUUUGUGUGUGUUGAGAUGUGCUAUGAGCUUGGUUUAAGGCAGGGUGUGCUGUUCGCAUUUGUUAGCUAUACUCGUGGGGACCUUGAUUCUUGGAAACACACCUCCCUUUCUUUGCUUUGUGGGGACAUUAUUGGCGGUCCCCACAAGGUUAAGCCUCAAUUUGAGGAUUCAAAUUUCAAAUUGAUUUACAAUUAUAAAUUGGUGGAAGAGUCCUGUGUUGGAUUCACCUUUGGUUUGGGUGAAAGGCUAAGGAAAGCAAAAAAGUCAAUGGAAGUCAAAAGUGUGCGUAUGCUUUUUAUUUUUUGUGUUUUUAUUAGUGUUUUACUGGAGUUUGUUUUUUAGACGGUAUAAGUAUGUAUGAUGUGUGGGGUGCAUAUGUGUGGGCUCGUUGUGUUGUAUCAGUGAAUCAGUGUAUCAGCAGAAUGGUAUGCAUGUUACUGUUCAUGACAUUUAAACGGUAUGUUUGUUCUACUGGACAAAAGACGACGAGUUUCUUGCUGCAUCACAUCACAGAUUUAUUCUUCUGAGGUCAAAAAUACAUUUUUAUAGAUAUUUGUCUGCUACAUGAACUCAAGACACUGGUUUGGGUGACUUAUUUACAUGGACCACACAUCAAUCAAAGGUAAUACGACGAUUUGACGCAGUGACGGAGAAAGAACCAACAGCUUCAAAGUGACAGACGAUGCUGUUAAAUAAGGCGAAUUGAAAACUUUGGGGGCGAUGAGAAGCUAGACGGCGCCGGGAUGGUGAUACAUCACCAGUCUUUUUCUUUUUUUUUUUUUUACUGACAAUCUUAAGUGUCUUGCAGAGUUUGUAGGAAUUCAUCAGGAACCUGAGCCGUUGUGGAAAGAAUCAUGCUGGAUUUAAGAUCAAGUAUGACUGAAUUGUUAUAUACAUUGAUUAUAAAACUCUGCGUCCCGGGGGUGUGUCUGUUUUUCAAUCGCUUUUCAAAGCCAGUUCUUCGGUGCAUCUUCACUGUGGGAGAGCUUUCAAGAUGGCGUUCACCUCCUCGGCGACGGCCGUCAGCGCAAAC